AUGGAACACACGCCCAUUGCCCAGCUCAGCCCCGAGCUGCCCACGGUCGAAUCCAAGCAUUUCCGGGCCAGGGUCACGUUGAUAUGGCCCUACUCGUCGUCGGCUCGCCAGCUGGCUCUCCUUCUCGCCGAACCAGAUGUCCGAUUGCGGCGAAAGAACGGACAGGUCAGGGCUCGCUUCUCGGGAGCCAGCGCAAAAGCCAUUGCGACAACAGGCGUGGGAAUCGGCGAUGAAGUCGUAUUGAGCCUGCGGGGCGCGCAAUUCGUCACCGAAGGCGCUGUCAGCACGCCCGGCAAGAGCAUCGACUGGGAGCUGGUAUACGCUCAGACGGCAGUCAUUCGCGUCUUCCGCAACGGCCAAGAAACAGCAAAUGUCGAGGUUAUCGAUGCAGCGCCCACGCCUGCGCCCCAGUCGCCCGCCCGCCGCGAAUCUGGAUUCGUUCCAAGCCCGGCGUCGCAAUACUCUUCUCCUGCGUUUUUGAAGCGCGUGCGCCUGUCCGAUGGGCCAUUCUUUCAAGCGCCGUACGAUCCCCUCACCGACGAGUCUGAAGAAGGCCAUGACAGAAAGCGAAGGAGGAAAUCGUAUCGUGAUUGGAAGACAUGGACAUACAGCGCAAGGACGCCCUCGCCCGAGAAGGAGGAUACAACUGUCGAAAACGAACUCGAAUGGCUCGAAGCAUCGCCUAGCCGCGCAGCCCAGCUUCCUCAAACGCCCACCUCGCCUUCAAAACCCGACAUGCCAUCAACUUCAGUAGACUCGCAGCAUGACCGAAGCAUUGAGCGAACAGAACCCGAAGCGCCAACAGACAACGCUGCUCCGUCCCUAAGUGAACACGAUACUGGGAAGAACUCGGUGGGCGACGCUGGCUACGACGAGCUCUAUGCGGGUCCUGAUGAGUAUCUUCAGUCGGAUGCCCUAUAUGCUUUUGGAGGUGAUACAGAAGUAGACACUGAAGUAAACACCGAGGAGGAAUAUCCUGCACAAGGAGAGACAGAGGGUGUCAGUACGACUACGACCGAGGCCGGCACUGAUGACGUUCAGCACAUGGAUCGCGAAGCCAUGGAUGUUGAUGUAGCCAUCGCACCAGACGUGAGAACAGAAAACGAGAAGGACACUGAUCGGAUACAAACCGUUGAAGUGCAACAAGUUGCAGAGUCCAUGCCAACCACUGGAGCUGGUGACCAAGUUGCUGCAGCAUCCCUAACAUUACAGCUCGAUGCUCCAAAACCUGCUAUGCCACCUCCCACUUUGUCCAUCUCACCAAACAAUCCCCUGAACUUGGCCAGCGGAGGCCUCUUGACCCCAAUCGGCAGAGAACCGGCAAGCCCAACCCUCCAGCCUCUUGACUCAGCCAACCUCCCGUUCCCAUCACCGUUUCCCGGCGAGCGUGAAAACAAUGCUACCUCUUAUUUCGACCACCUAGUCACUAGUGGACAGUCUGCAGAAGUAGAAGAACAGGAUGAUGAAGAGGAGAAGCCGCCAAGUGAAGCAAGCUACAUUGGCGAAACGUCGUUCUUCAGCUCGAUAGGCUCAUCAAAGGCAUCUACAUUGCACCCGAAUCAUGAGUCCGUCUUUACACCGGUACGAUUCACUUUCGGUAUAGAUGGUGCUGGAUUUUCGCGCCCUAUGGAGCUUUCUUCGCCACCACCUGAAGCUCAGCCAGACAGGGAAAUCGAUACAGCUCCAGAAAUGUCAGCAUCGACUACAAUUGAUGAGUCUUCAUUCAACAUCCAGGACGCAGGAGUCUCUCCAAUGCCACAGCACACAGUGGAUAUUGAAUCACCCAACGAAGAAGUGCGAGAAACAGCUACGGAUGAUACACUUGUCACUGUGGAAGAUGUUCAAGGACAGGACGUAUCAAUGCUUUCAUCAGACUCGGAGGAUGAAGGAGAAGAAGAAGUUGCAUCCAGCACCGAAGACCAGGACCAGAUGGCCACUGGGCAUAUUUUACCAUCAUCUACGGACAACCCGUCUGAAGAUGACGCGGAUGACGACUCAGCUCUACAUCACGAGGACAGCAAAACUGCUGAUGAAUCAAAGGACCACCAGCAAGAUUCGCUUAGUGAGCGCAAUUCUCCCAUCGAGGAUAACCGCCCGAGGAGCCCACAGGAUCAGGUUCGAGAUCGAAACCAAUCCCCAUCUAUGGACCUUGACAGCCACAGCGAGUUUGUAAACCUAGAUUCUGCGACUGGGACUUCCCAUACUGCUGAAGCACCCGAUGAGCGAAUUGAAGCUCACACGCAAUCUCAGGAGCCGGAGCUUAGUGCAGACGAGACCCAGAUCGAACAUUCUUUUUCUGUGGAUCAUUCAUACGAAUCCAUGAUAGAAGCCACCGACGAGUACCUGCAGGAUGCUUUCCCGAUGGGUCAUGCAUCACAUGAAUUCGAAGUUGAGCAAUAUAGUGAAUCAGAGCAAGAUUCAGCCAUCAAAGAAGAACCGACAGAAGACGGUCUAGAGUCACAACUAGAUCAAUCUCAUGCUCUAACGAGUGAAGUUUCCAACAUCUCUACACGCGAGCUCUCCAUGACCGUGUCUGAGCAAGAUCACGCUACGACUGAAAUGCAGACCGUAGAUAUCUCGGCUACUGUGUCUCCUAGGAACACACGAUCCAGGGCAAAAGCCCAAACACCAUCGAUAAAUGAUGAGGUACCUCUUUCCAAUCGUGCCACACGGUCGACACGGUCACGAGGUUCUGUGAGUUCCAUCGCUCGCUCAGUCAUCUCUCCUCCGAGGACACGCACUCGUUCAGCAAGAUCCCCAUCACAAGACACUAUACAGAACUCACCAAGUAGCGUUCGCAGCUACUCGAGUUUGUUAUCACCUAGGAAGACCAUGGCUGUUGCUGUUGCUGCUGCUCGCAAGAGUCCCCAAAAGUCUUUACGGAGGAGUCUAAACCACGAAUUCGCUUCCAACUCCACUAAGGCAAAAGGUUCUGGCCCAUCCUCUACCAAAUCCCAGUCACAAGAACCGGGUGCCUCCCAGGACAACUAUCCCGAUGAAGUCUUUGUCAAAAAGUGGGAAGAGGAUGUUAGCACUGGGUACUCUGUGUCACCUGCACCCACACUAGAGGAAGCGGCCGGGAAACGAACAGCGGAUUUCAGCAGCCCUGUUAAGGGUGGUACUCCUAGAAAGGAAGAGGAAAUGGACACCGAGCCUCCAUCUGGUACGGAUACAGAGCCGAAGACGAAAUCGAGGACUAGAGCUGGACGAAAGAAGCCCGCCCCAAAGGCAUUAGAGCCCAAAAGCAGCCAAUUCGCCGCAUCUGAAAUUGGUAGCCCCAGCAGAAGAUUGCGUUCAGCAGGACCCAUCGAACCAGCUGCUCAAAGCCCUGGCAAUGUGCGGAGAACAAGGAGGAAUGUUUACACUCUUUCCGAGCCCCAGGACAGCGAAGUGACUGUUGAAACCAGCUCAAGGCUUGAUAAGAAGCCUGAGGAGAACUCCCCUCACAGUGAAGGCCAAGACAGACAAGAUGAUCCGCAGCAAACAGCUGCAAUUGGCGCUAAUGAGACCCAUUCUCAUGUUGCGCUCAACCCACAAGCAGUCGUUCAAAAGCAUAAGCCCAUGACUCCAGAACCAACGCAGCAAGCCAACAUGGAUUCUCAGCCUGGCUUGGUUGCUGCGACUGCUGAGCAUAAAUCAUUAUUAACUCCUCAACAAACACAGAAAACAUCUGCGGACCUCCGCUCUUCUCAGACCAAUGCCAACAUGGAUGCCGCGACUACGCCUCGAAGCAACCGAAAAGCCACAGACAUAGCUUCAGCCUCAGCCUCCCCAGCACUCAAAGAGGAGCACCCCUCACAAACCGAGAGCACCCCAGAACAGCCUUCAAUCGGCCUCUCCACACCACUCGCCUACUACACCCCGCUGAAAGACCUCCUCUACUUCCUCAACCGCUCCUCCCAGUUCCACUCAGCCGCCAACCCGGACAUCCUCGCCCUCGUCACCGCGCCCACGACUCCCGCCGAAAAAGCCAAGAAGGGGCCCAAGCACUGGAAUACCACCCUGCAUGUCACCGACGCGAGUUCCUGGCCCGCCACAACGACCGUCCAGUGCUUUCGCGCGUACCAAGAUGCUCUGCCCGAAGCUGCAGUCGGCGACGUCAUUCUGCUGCGUGCGUUUGCUGUUAAAUCGCUAAACAGACAUCCUACGCUUGUUAGUGCAGAUGAGAGCGCGUGGUGUGUGUGGCGUUGGGGGAAACCCGUGUGGGGCGCGAAGAGAGGUGUGUUUGGUGAGUUGAAGGCGAGGGAAGAAGUUAAAGGGCCAGAGGUUGAGCGUGGCGAGGGUGAGUGGCGCGAGGUCGAGAGACUGAGGAAGUGGUUUUUGGGCAAGGUGGAGCAGGAGUUGCAGGAGAAGGAGGAGAGUCAGGUUAAGACUAGGAGUAAGGAUAAGGCCAAGGGCGCUGCGACUGGGGGAGAUUGAACGUCCAAGUGAGAUGCGAGUGUAAUGUUGAGCGUAUGGGUUUCGGGUAUUGAAAAUGGGAGAUUUAUUGCACCUGGAUAGUUGGCAAUGGA